UAGAUGGGAUAAUUUUUAAUUUAAGUGCACUUAACAAAACUUAUACUAUUUCUCAAAAGAAAGUAACACCACCAUCAGUAACAAAUACAACACAAAAAAUAAGUCUUUGUAAUCCUUUAACUUAUGAAGAUGAUGACAAAACUCCACAGGGAGAUAGAUGUGCAAAUGGGACGUAUAUUUGUCAGAUUAUAACUAAUAUCAAAGAUAAAGAUGAAAGAAUUAUAGAAGUUCAAUCUAUUGCAGGAGAAUUUGAAGAAAGGAAACUAGAUCCAAAAUAUUAUUUAGAACCAUCACAAAACAAAGAAGAAAGCCGCCAUACGAAAUAG